GGACACCGUGGUUAUUGUGGUUUGAGGUAUAAUAUUAAAAUGGGUGGUGGAAAAGAUAAGCAAAGUGGCGGGGAUCGUAACAAAAAGAUCAGAACAACUAAUGCUGUAUGGAGACCAGUCAGUACUCAAGCCACUUCCAAUGAAGAAUGCUCAGUAAGGGUGACCACAGAUGAGCUGGAAUCUGAUACUCGAGUCCAAGAAGUGCAUCGUUGCACAUCUACCAGAAUUUCAAGUGCUCACAAUGUCAUAGAGGUGGCUGCAACUAACUUUACUGCUAGUUCCAGUGCAUUGCAAGAUAAUGGAGAAAAGACAGUAUUCAGAGAAGAAUCAGUGGUUUCUACUGAAAAGCAUUCAAUUUCAGUUGAGGUUGGUGCUUCUUUGGUUCGCUUUAUUAGAGGAAAAGGGGGAUCUACACAGAGAGAGAUUGAAGAUGAGAUGGGAGUUAAGAUUAUAAUCCCCUCAUCAAAGGAGGAGGAUUCAGUUAUUAUUGAAGGCAUCUCAAUGGAAAGUAUAUCUAGAGCUUCUGAGAAGAUACAUACUAUAAUUGAUGAGGCAGUUAAGAGCCAAAAUCUUGAUUACUCUCACUUCAUUUCACUUCCAUUGGCAAUACAUCCUGAAUUAGUUGAUAAGCUUGUCAACUUUCAGAACUCCAUCCUGGGAAUUAGUGAUUCUUGCGUAGAUGAGAAACUGAAUAGUGAUUCAAAUGAAGAUACUUCUGAAAAUGAAGGAGAAGACCAAAAGUUAGAGAAAGGAACUGAUGUCGCAGUUGAACUUAAUGUUGAAGGUGACAGUGAGCAAGUUAAAGUGAAUCUAACUAACAUACCUCUUGUCAGUUAUGCUCCUAAAAUGUCAAGGGCUUCCACCCUAUCUGACUUGGGAAUUGAAAAGUCAAUAUUCAUUAAACCAAAAACGUUUCACUUAACUGUGCUUAUGCUGAAGUUGUGGAACAAAGACCGAGUUCAUGCAGCUAUUGAGGUUUUGCAGAGCGUCUCUUCAAAAGUGAUCGAUGCCUUAGAUAAUCGUCCUAUCUCCAUAAGACUUCAGGGACUGAACUGUAUGAGAGGUUCCUUGGCCAAAGCUGGUGUUGUCUAUGCUCCUGUUGAAGAAAUUGGCAGCCAGGGGAGACUUCUGCGUGCUUGUCAAGUCAUUACCGAUGCAUAUACUAAAGCUGGGCUUGUUCUAGAGAAAGAUGCUAAUCAGAAAUUAAAGUUGCAUGCAACCGUGAUGAAUGCAAGGCAUAGGAAAAGGAAGAAUCAAACGAGAAAGGUUCAAUCCUUUGAUGCCCAUGGCAUUUUCAAGCAGUAUGGGUCCGAGGAAUGGGGAGAGUAUCUUAUCCGUGAAGCUCAUCUUUCACAAAGAUUUGUGUUUGAUGACAACGGAUAUUACCAUUGUUGUGCUUCUAUACCUUUCCCUGAAACAUAUGAAUAGACUGAUUUACAGACACUCGAGAUGUACGUUUUCUUAUCUCGGGUAGGGGACAAUAUGUAUGUAAUUAAGAUA